AUGUCGACAGAGACUUGCCCGGCGCGGCAUGAACCAACAUUCUCCUUCACACACGGCCUCAUCCUCGGCCAACUCUCCGUCGUUCUCAUCCUAGCCGUCUUCAUCAAAUUUUUCAUCUUCGGCGACGCCCCAUCGCCUGACGUAACCGCAUCACUGCGGGCCACAGAACGCAGAUCCAGGACUCUAGCACACAAGCAAUCCCUCCUUAGACUGCGCUCUCCUAGCCAGCGUCACGGCCAGUCGCUCAACCGGAAGAAGUCCACCGUCCUCAGGAGCCCCCCGACGCUGACCAUUGGAUCCAUCCUGAGCAAGACGUACUACAACGUCGACAGUCACCAGCCGGAAAGCCUCGACUGGUUCAACGUGCUGAUCGCCCAGACCAUCGCCCAGUUCCGCAGCGACGCCCAGCACGACGAUGCCAUCCUCAACUCGCUCACAAAGACGCUCAACGGCACCUCCAGGCCCGACUUUGUGGAUGAGAUUCGCGUCACGGAGCUCAGCCUAGGCGAGGAGUUUCCCAUCCUGAGCAACUGUCGCAUCAUCCCUGUAGACGAAGACGGCAUCAGCCUGGGCAGCCACGUCAAGUUUGAUCCCGCCACGGCAGCUCGGGAUGGCACGCGCCUCCAGGCUCGCAUGGACGUGGAUCUCAGCGACAUGCUCACCAUGGCAGUCGAGACAAAGCUUCUUCUCAACUACCCCAAAAAGCUGUCUGCAGUUCUUCCGGUAGCCUUGUCUGUCUCUGUUGUCCGAUUCAGCGGAACAUUGUCUAUUUCAUUCCUUCCGAGCAACCCUUCUCAAUCAACGCCGACUAUGAUGGCCUUUAAUUUCUUAGAUGACUACAGGCUCGAUUUUUCCAUCAGGAGUCUGCUCGGAAGCCGCUCACGGUUACAAGACGUGCCCAAGAUCGCACAACUCAUCGAGUCACGGCUGCACAGAUGGUUUGACGAGCGAGCUGUAGAACCUCGAUUCCAGCAGAUUGCACUACCCAGUCUAUGGCCCAGGAAAAAGAACACCAGAGGCCCAGACGAUGCCAUGGCAGAAGGAAGCGCAGGCUCCAAGGGAAAGGAGAGGGAUUCUUCAGUCGGGGACCAGAGUACUCUACGACACCGCCGACCCCUGGUGGACGAUGAGUAUUCUAUAGAAGGCUCACUACGCAGUCUUAGUAGGGAUGCGAGGAUCUAG